AUGGAACUGGCUCAGUUGUAUAACAAAUUAAAGCUUGUUUUUUUAUUAUGUUUUGUUGGACACCUUUGCUGUGCAGCCAGCAAUGAUAUCGCAUACAACCUGUGUGCCGAUAACCCAACAGUAUCCCCUCAAGUGAGAGAUACUGGUUUCAUUAAGGUUCAUCCAAUGCAAAAUAUAACUCGAUAUGAAGUGCAAUGCAAAAUGCUCUUCUAUCUUUGUAAAGCUUGUCGAUUAAAGCUGAUAUUUAAAUGGAGCAACAUUCAAGACAAUCUUCGAUGUUAUCCCCAUGUUUCAUCACAUUGUCAGGAAGAUUGUGUCUAUUUACGGAUAGUUGAUGAAAUUUACAACACAACCCAUGCUUUUUUUUUCAAACCAGUAGAAGUGUUCACUUCUGUUUCAAAUACAGUCAGUGUGACUUUGUGUAAUACUUUAAGAAGAGAUCUCAGAUUUACACUAGACUUUAAGGUUGAAAGAAAAAUACAGCAAAUAAAUCCUCUAGCAACAGCAAUUUUGAAGUCACCUGGUUUUCCAAGUGGUUAUGCUGUAAAUGGAGAACAAUUCAUGUAUGAAAUUAUAAAGCCACCUGAUGCUAUUGAUAUGGUCAUUACUUUUACAGAUUGGAUAUUGAGUCCACUGAGUAAAUUGAUUGUAUACACUACAACAACUCCAAUGAUCUUUUCUGGUAAUUCAUCUCGACCGAUCUUUACCACUCCUGUUUCUAUUCAGGUGGUCUUCAACACUGGAAUGAAUCUUGGUUUCCGCCGUUUCGAUUUAGUGCGAGGAUUCAAAGCUGUAAUAAAAUGCAGAAGCACUUCAAUUACUUCUCCUCCAAACUCAAUGUGCGGAUCAAGUAUAAUUCAAAUGAGUUAUGGUGGUGUCCUGAAGUUUAGUCCUCAGCGGUAUGGAAACUAUGAUUGUGUGUGGGUAAUAUUAAUUCACCCCCAGUUCAAGUUGGUUGCUGUACACUUAGAAAGUUUCCAAAUACAAGUAUCUGCUGCUGUUACAUUCUAUGAAGGAUUAACAUCUGAAGGUCGACUGAUAAGAAUUGUUUACCCAGGUCAAAAUUUUGCAUCUCAAAAUCCAAAUGGCUUUUAUAUUCGACUUAAAGGGCUAAUGGAAAUUGGAGAUCUAUUUACACUCGCUUAUUCUUCUGUGAUUCCUGCUGUUGAGACUUGUCCAUAUGCCUUCAAGUGCAAAAAUGGUUUUUGUAUUCAAUUAACUCUUAAGUGUGAUGGUGUAAAUCACUGUCUGGAUAAAUCUGAUGAAAUGGAAUGUGAAAAAAAUGAUAAAGAUAACAUUCCUAACAACCAAUUUACAUCAAACUGGAGUGUGAGUAUCAUCAUCCCUGUUGUGAUUACAAUCUUCAUCUUUAUCAUCCUCUGUUUGUUCUUCGUCUUUAUACGCAGAUUUAGAAAGAUAAGUCGAGGACCAAUUCCUAACAGUCAAAGAAGAGUAACAUCAGUCAGUGGAAAUGUAUCUCGGCAAUAUCCCUGGAAUCAUUUUGGUAUGGAUAUUACAUCCGAAGAGGAAAUAGAUGCACCACCAACAUAUGAGGAAGUUAUGAAUACUCCGCCCCCUCAAGGUAACUGGAAUUUGGCAUUCAACUGGUCACAACAAGAUCUGAUGGAUAAUUCAGCACCACCACCUUAUUCCGAAUAUAUGAGAGAGAAUGAAGUAAAUAUCUACAAUAACAUAGCAGAUAAUGAUACCAGUGAUCUUUCUACCAUUCCAACUGACAGUAGCAGUUCCAACACCUUUUCUUUAAAAAAACAAAAUGUUCAUUUGCAUUAG